CUUCCUUUAAGGACGGAAGCCGGAAUAGGACCUCGCAGGUCCAUAUAUGGUUCUACUUGUCUGUCACUCUCCGACAAAAAUGUGUUCAGCAGCAAAGCUUUAGUGGUCUUCUUCUGCUACAGGCAAGCGAAGGUCUCCACUGAUGUUGGCUGGAUGUAGAAAUCUCUCCUGGACAUUUUUAAGACGUUGGACCAGGAAGUGCUCUGCUGUUUCAUCUGUUUUAACUUCUCACCAUCACAACUUUGUGACGAUCAGGCCGACCUCGGCUCCUCUGCAUCCAUCAGUUUAUUUAUCUCGCCGCCCCUUUCAUUCCCACCACACUGGCCCGAUGGAGUUAAAGGAAGUUCUGCAGGUGCUGGAUCAUCUCGCUCCUUUGUCACUUGCCGAGUCAUGGGAUAACGUUGGCUUGCUGGUCGAGCCAAGCAAACCUCGGCCUGUCAAGACCAUCCUGCUGACCAACGACCUCAGAGAUGCUGUCAUGGAGGAGGCGCUGGCUCUGAGCUGCGACCUCAUUGUUUCAUAUCAUCCGCCGUUGUUUCGGCCAAUUAAGCGCCUGGUCCAGAAAGACUGGAAGCAGAGACUGGCUGUCCAGGCUGUGGAGGCCGGUAUAGCCGUCUUCUCCCCUCACACCUCGUGGGACAGCGUUAAAGGAGGAGUCAACGACUGGCUGGUCGGGGGAGUGGGGUGUGGGCAGGUCUCCGUGCUGAGUCAGGCCCUCGGUUGCGCCCCCCAAAGUCACAAACUUGAAUUCAUGGUCAGGAGCGCAGAGGAACUGAACACUGUUAUGGAGGCAUUGAAGGCCUGUGAUGAUGCAACAACACUACAACAUUCAGUCAGCAGCUCCAGUGGUUUCCAUGUCGCCGUGACCUGCAGUGAGUCAGCGCUGACCCCAAGUGUCCAGACCCUGUUACGACACAGCACUCCCAGCCAGUCUCUGAGCAUCCUGAAGUUAGAGAAGCCCCCUCUCCCGGGCCAUGGCCAAGGCCGGAUAAGUGUUUUGGCCCAGCCAGUAACUGUGGCAGAAGCCAUCGAGAAAAUGAAGUCCCACUUGGGUUUGAGUCACCUCCGUUUGGCUCUGGGAUGGGGACAGACACUGGAGUCGUCUGUAAGCACCGUGGCUGUUUGUGCCGGCUCUGGGGCCUCGGUGCUGAACGGAGUUAAGGCGGACCUCUACAUCACAGGUGAGAUGUCCCACCAUGAAGUUUUGGAUGCUGCGGCGAAGGGAACCAGCGUCAUCCUCAGUGACCACAGCAACAGUGAGCGAGGUUUCCUGGCGGUGUUCAGGGAGAGGCUCGCCGUGCGUCUUCCUGGCAGCGUAACAGUGAUGGUGUCCAAGGCCGACAGAGACCCCCUGGAGGUCGUCUGACCAGCCUCUGAUUUGCACUCUUACGAUUCGAUAUAAUUAACGAAUCCAGAUGGAACGUGUGAGGCAGGUUUUUUAUGUAAAGCCAUCUACUGAUUGUAAAGCUGUGCCUCUAUGUAUAAUUAAAACCGGUACAUGUUGUACUUCUUAUCAUUAUUUCUGGCAAAGUCCUAAUAAAAAUGGGCUCUUGUUGAUCAUAA